CUUCGAUGACGUUGAAGGCGAAGAGCUGUUUCGACGCAGAUUUCUUUUCGUCCUGUCGUUUUUCGCUUCUGAUUAUUUUAAAGAUAAUUUUAAUGGAAUUAUUAAGGAAGAUUGGUCUAUUACAGAAGACAAGCCAAGCUAUUCUGCGUCAAUGUUUCAAUAGACAAAUAACAUGGAGUGAAAGGCGCACUGUCCAUUUAAGCCAGAGAAAACUGACAAAAAACGAAAAGGACUUGAUUAGACUUAGUGAUACCUGUGUGAAGAGACUAAAAGAAAUUGCACAAGACAACUCCUAUCUGAGAGUAAUGGUGGAUGGAGGGGGCUGCUCUGGGUUUCAAUAUAAGUUUGACAUAGAGUCUAAAAUCCAUGAGGAUGACAAGGUAUUUGAAAAAGAUGGUGUGAAAAUAGCUAUUGAUGUUGACUCCCUGGAAUUCCUCAAAGGUUCUACCAUUGACUAUCACGAAGAACUCAUUCGGAGUGCCUUCAGAGUUAUCGAUAAUCCUAAAGCUGAACAGGGAUGCUCUUGUGGUGCCUCAUUCUCGAUCAAGUGAAAAAAAUAACACCAUUCAACAGCAACAGCAUUUAUUGAGAUGUCUGCAUGAUUAAAUUAGACAGAUUGUAUUCCUCAGAAAGCUUUGAACAGCCCAUGGUAUCUUCUUGUUCUGAGGAAGAAAAGAAACAAUAAUCUGUGAUACAUAUUAUGAGUUAAACAAAGUUAAUAAAGGAUUAGCUUAAGUCGAAGGGGCAUUACAAAAUUCACUCUUCUGCAGACACACAAGAUUUGUCAUGACUUAUUACGACUUAUAAAUUAUUAUAAUGAUAUGCAACAGAAUGUGUAUUUUUGCAAGCUAUUCAUUUUUCCUAAUUGAGGAAUAACUUGCAGUGUCUUUGAAAUGAAAUAACAGAUAAUGCAGAUAUUCAGAUAAAAGCCUUCAAAUGGUACCAUGUACUUGUAUGUGUGUCAAGAUUUUUACACACAACGUUUGUUUUGUUUUGAAAUAAAAGUUUAAAAACAUUGAA